AUGGAAGUACAACCUUAUGUUAAAGCUCUUCAAGAAAGGACAAGCGCAUCAACAUCUCCAGUAAAAUUUCAAACUCCACAUAGUGAUAAAAAGCGAAAGAAUGCGAAAAGUCUCUCUUCAAAUUUCAAAUCAACAUUACUCCAAAAUGAAAUGGAUGAAUUAACUUCUCUUCGUGAAGAAAAUGAUAGACUACAUAAACACAUAAAUGUUCAGAAUGAAAACUUCGCUGAGUUACAAAAAUCUUUUAUUAACGUUCAGCAACAACUUAAUCAAGAAAGACAAUCAACAAUAGAUACGUUCAAAUUGCUUACAGAUCUCAGAAAUAGUCUUUCUAUUGAAAAAGAAAAGAGUUCUACGCUUAUUCAACAAAUUGAUCAACUCGACAAUAUAAUUAAAACAAGGCAACAACUAUAUUCAUCACGAGAUGAAAUGACUCAACGAUUACAGAAUGAAUAUCAUGACCUUGUCGCUGAUUAUAACCAUGUUGUCGAAACAGUUGCAUCUCAAGCAAAACAGAUACGUGAACAAAGGAAUAAAAUACGAGAUUUGGAAUCCCAACUACGAAAUACAUCUCAAUCUCCAAUAAGAAGCUCAAAUACUUUUGAUUUUGAAGAAAAACCAAAAUACAAAUCUUACAGUUAUGAUGAUAAUGGACCACUUCGUAUAUCUGUACCUGAUAAACCAGAUUUCAGAACAAAUUAUCAAAAUCAACAAAAUGAUGAUGAUUUUUACAAUGAUUUCGGUAGUGGCUAUGGUAAUCAAUAUUCUGCAACUGUUCCUAGUCCAAAUAUUAACGAAUUCAAACAAAAAAGUCCAAAUAAAAAUUCAGAUUUUUCUGAUAAGCAAAAUAAGAUUGCAACACCAGUUAGAUUAUCAUCAGUAUUUGUUGGAGAUUACUCUCCUCUUAAGUCACCGGAGAAAAGUCAAGCUCCAUUUGCAAUUGGAAAUGAAGACAGUUUUGAACCGCAAACAAAGAAUAACAGGAGUUCUCCAGCAAGAAACCAUCCUGCCCUACAAGAUAAUAUCUCAUUUGACUCAAAUCAAAACGCCUUUCAUGAUGAUUCCUAUCAAAACAUUGAUGAAAUGAAGAAACAAAUGGAUGAUUUGAUAAUUCAGAAGGAAUUUAUCGAAUCAAUGCUAAAUACUCCUCAGAGUAGAUCAAUUUCAGCUGCACAACACAUGAGAGAAAGACAACAAUGGGAACAGAAGCUUGAAACUGUUAUGAAACAAUUAUCUUCAGUCAGAUUGCAACUGAGAAGAAUGCGUGAACUAUAA